UUUCUUCUCCAUGCUGGUGCUGUUUAUUUAGAAUACCUAAUCCUCAAGCUUGACCGGCCAAAGAAAAAUAUCUACAAUGGCCAGAGCUAAGCUGGAGUAUGAUGACAGUGGAUCAACCUUCUUCUAUUUCUUGAUAUCAUUCUAUCUGUUGAUACUUCUGCCUCUAACAUACUACCUAUGGCCGAAGAAGAAAACAGAGAAGCCCCCUGACUACCUGGUGUGUCAGUGUGGGCCUUGUGUGAGUAAGAAGGCUCUCCUGGACCGGGAGAAACCAAGCAACACGUACAAGAACAUUGCCAAGGUUGCUCUACUGGUGGUGUUGUGGGCUCUCCUAGUGUUCAUGGUGUACAAGGUGGCCACUGCUGAUCACGAGUAUCAAGAGUACGACCCCUUCGAGAUACUGCAGCUAGACCCAAGUGCGACCAUGAGUGAGAUCAAGAAGCAGUACCGCAGACUGAGUAAAGUGUAUCACCCGGAUAAGCAGGGCGGGAACCAGGAGAUGUUCAUGAAGAUAGCCAAGGCCUACGAGGCGCUCACAGACGAUGUUUCAAGAGAAAACUGGGAGAAAUAUGGAAAUCCUGAUGGUCCACAAGCGGCUACGUUUGGUAUAGCCCUGCCAUCGUGGAUUGUGGAGAAGGACAACUCCAUCUGGGUGUUGGUGCUGUACAUGGCUGUAUUUGCUAUUGUACUACCUGUUAUAGUGGGUGUCUGGUGGUACCGCUCCAUCAAGUAUGGCUCUACCAAUGUACUGCUGCAAACUUCUCAAAUAUACCUCUAUUUUAUGGCAAGGAGCAAAUCAAUCACUCCAAAAAGAGUUGUGAUGAUUCUGACAGCAGCUUUUGAGUUCAACUCUGACCAGUCUCCAUUAGUCAAGAAGCGCCCCUCUGAUGACAUGGAGCUCAGUGAGAUAAUUCAGUCAAAGGCCCUGCCCCAUAUCGACAUAAAGACAAAGGAGAAUCCAUUUGGUGCCCCAUAUGCUGCCAAGGCUCGUAUCCUGGUCCACGCCCACCUCGAGAGAAUGGAGAGGUUCCGACUGAGACCAGACACGCUGGCAAUAGAUCAGCAGGCUAUUCUGAAGUUGUGCCCUCAACUCAUACAAGAGAUGAUCUCAGCUCUCAUCCAGUACUGGGUCUACUGCAAGCAGAAGCAGACCCAACCCCCACCCUCUGUGGACGUGUUUGAAUGCAUCAUGAGUGUGAGUCAGAUGAUGGUCCAGGGCAUGUGGGCUAAAGGGUCCUCUCCGAUACUGCAACUACCGCACAUAUCACACAACCAACUCAAGCACUUCAGGACCAAGAAGCGUAACAUAACGUCACUGGAUGAGUUUGUAGCCAUGAAGGACACUGAGAGGCGACUGCUAGUGAGGGCUCUCUCUGAUGAGGAGUACUACAAUGUCAUGGCCGUGUGCUCCAUGUUUCCACAUGUAGAGCUGAUCACGGACAUGCAUGUGGUUGAUGACUUCACUAGUAAGAAGAUCACGGCUGGUUCCCUAGUCACCGUCUCUGUUACCAUGACGAGGGUGGACCUAUUUAAACACCAUAACAUAGACAUGGAGAAAUUGACUUCCUCUAGUGAUCACGACACACCCCCACUACCCCUCGAUGGGGCAGAGAUGGUUCCUGUUGAGACUGUGGGAGGUCCUGAGGAAGACGGAGCAGAGGAAGAAAAGAAAGACAAGUUAACUAAAAUUUGGGAGGCUAACAAGAAAAGAAAGAAGGGCAAACCUGCCAAAAAGAAGACCACAAAUCCUAAGAAGGUUAAAAAGAGUAAAGUUGUGAUUGUAAACACACCUGAAACACCUCCCUCUGGGGACGAGGCUAGCGAAGAUGGUGGCCAUGGUGAUGGUGGCCACGGCAAUGGUGAUGAUAUCCAAGGUGAUGGUAGUGACCAUGGCGAUCGCGAUGUUGUUGAAGGCAGUGAGGAUGAGGAGGCACCAAAGGACGAUGAAGAAGAUUGGGACCGUCUCCAGAAGAACAUGAAGAAACAGAAAGAGCUUGACCAACGAGCAACUGACAGUCACCCAGUACAUGGCCCCCACUUCCCAACAGAGAAGCAAGAGUGCUGGUGGCUGUAUAUAGUGAAUCGUAAGAAGAGAGAGUUAGUCUGUCCACCGCAGAGGAUUGUAGGCCUCAAGGAAAAAUUCUCAACUGACCUUCAAUUUGCUGCCCCCGAGAACCCGGGUACAUUGCGCUACUCUAUCGUCCUCAACUCUGACUGUUAUCUAGACCUCUCCUUCCAACAAGAAAUCGAAGUGGUGGUUGACGCUGCGGUGGUAGUGAGUGGCACUGACCAAUGGAAGGACUUGGAGGAGGAUGAAGAGGAGGAGGGGGUUAUCGAGGAGACAGACUCAGAGGGGGGAGCGGUCUCAAGCUCUGAAUACGAGGAUGACUAAAUUAUCACAUGUAUACAUACAUACAUACAUACCAGCUAUAUAAUUAUAGAUUCAAUUGUUCUUUUACUGUUUGUAUAAUUAUUUAAUAACAGUCCA